AUGAACGUUAAUCGCAGCGGGGCUUUCAAAGACGAAAGUUUUGGGCAGGCUCGCGGCAAAGCUGUGACCGCGUUUGAGCAAGUGUUUAGUUCCUCGAGCUCAGAGUUUUGCGAACAUUUUGAGAGGCUUGCGUCAGACUUACACAUGGACCAGGCUGCAGACAAGGUCAAGCAGAGGAAGUGGUUUAGCUGGCUCGUCAGAUUUAGGGGUCUGACUCAAAAGUGUGCAGAGGAAGAAGUGGAGUUGAUCGAUCCUGACAGGGUGAAAGACCCUUCGCGUCGCUCCCAGUUUGGGGGUCUUGAUACCUGUUGGACAACUGACUUGAAGCUGAACAAGAUGGCUCUGUUCCUCAAGGGUCAACCAAUGCCUACCUUACAGGGACUUGCUGACAACGCCACUGAUGAAGACAAAAUGGACAUCAAAGACGUGAAAAAGUUAGCUUAUGAAGCGGGCGCAAGCCAGCUUGCUGUUGCGGCUUUGGUUUUGGAGCGCUUUGACUUGCACAUCAAAUGCCGGAUGAUCGACUACGUGGAGACACCCAUCUUUGUCAGUCACCUGCGUUGCAUGAGGGCAGCAAGAGACGACGCGCUGAACCGACUGUUCCAAGCAAACAGGGCUCGUCAAGCGUGGAUCAAAGAUGAAAUCCAUGAACUUUUUUCUCAAAUACACAACCAAGUCAUUUUGGCCCGGCUGGGUGUGCGGUGGACGCAAGGUGUCACCAGUGCGGGUGAGGAAGAGCUAGAAACUCUGGGUUCUUUUUGGAAGUUGACCGUUUGCAUGUGCAGCGAGCGGGCUUGGUUCAUGCUUCACUACUCAGACACAUGUCCUGAACAAUUUGCAGCGGCUUUGGAUCAACGACUCAAUGAUCCGGAAGCACUCGCCGCAUGGGACCGGAUUGCAGAGUGUGCCAAUGUAGUUCUCGAUGCUGAGAGAUCCUUGGGGAGUGAAACACACCCGGAUCGCUUGGCCUUGAAACAAGCAUUGGACGACAUUCAUUGGAACAAGCUUCGCGCAGUGAGAUGGGUGUAUGCCAAAGCACGGGCCCAUGGCUGGUCUCGAGCUUCUGCUUACCCCUACAUCCACAGAAUGUUCUCUGGAAUCAGCAAUACCAAGACAUCGCAAGAAGAUAUCUUGCAGGACUUGACAAAUCCUGCAAGGGCUAGCAGGAAAAAAGACAUCAGCAUGACCCGAGCUUUCUUUUGCAUGGCAACCUCAGAGAGGCUGAAUGCCUUGCCAACAAGAGUAGUGCGACUUGUCCCUGGUGAGCUGGCAAUCCAUGGAAAAACCCACAACGUAGUUGCGGACAACUUCAAUCCACGACCAUCAAAGGCAUUGCUGUCACCAGAACCUGAAGUCUUCCGGGUAGCCACGCAUGCUCUGAAGACAGGUGAUGACAAGGAAGUCAAACCAUCUGGAACUCAAGCAGAUGAAACGGCAGUUGCAGCGCUUCAAGCUUUACGCUUCACUGCGCCAACAUUUGAGUCCAUCAGCGCUUUGUGGCCAGCGUGUUUGCUGCAAAGGGAAUCUGUUUUCCAAAGGAAAACGGAUGGGGCGUACUUUGUGUCAUUAGGUUUUCAAAAGUAUUGCAGCUUGGGGUGGCAGCUGGCGGAGUACCAAUUUUUGCACACCCCCACAGACAUGUCAAUGGAAGAUGCGCGUGACCGACUUCAAUUCCUUCACUGCACGUUUGUAGCUGGCGUUGGUGUUGUCGAAGGAGACAACAAAGAAGAGUUUGCUGGCGUUCCUGUCAAAAUCUGUUCUCCUAGCGAACUUCCUCACUGUGCCAAGCAUUUUGGUUCUUUGCUGAAGGUGGAUGGUGAUUGUGGGCGCUUGUUGCAACACGCGAUUGAAUGCAAAUCGCUGCACCUUCUGACGGAGGAAAUGUUGAGACGGAUUUUGCUUGUCAUAGGGAAGCCGAUCGUCAAAUUCGGAGAGAAGAACGUGACCAAGAAGAGCCUUGUCUACAGCAUUGUGGUUGCAGAGUGUCCCGACUUAGAGGUUGGGGUUCAGUCACAGCUGGUGCUGGACAUGCUGAAUAUUAGCACGGGCAUCUCCAAACAGCAUCUACCUGACGAGCUUGCUGACCAAUGCUUCAAACAAAUGCCGUUCGAAGAGGUUCAAGCCAAUUUCAAGGACAUCAAAGAGAAGGUGGACGAGAGGUUGAUGGGGCAAAAGUUCAGAGAGUUUACCACUCGCAGGGUGGACGAACGUGCUCAAAAACAGCACGAAACGCCUGAGAUCAUCAAAGCUUUGGCACCGGGACACAAAGGCGCCAGCAUUGUCAUGGACUGGAACAAAAGGGCUUUCGAGGGAUACUACCCCGCAGGGCAUCCCACGAAGAGCACAUCCAUGUCGUGGGAAGAGGGUAAUCCAAACCGUACCAUGCUGGCUUGCUUGUCCUUUGUGGUGCAGUACUUAUGGCACAACCAUCACAUGAAAGGUCGUGAUUGCAGCAAACGACCCAGCAUAGAAACCGUGCGAUCAGCGCUGGCACAAGGGAUGCAAGAAGCUGAGCGUUUGCGGGCUGGUCUCCGAGAAAAGCCGGAAGAACAAGGCGGCGGUGAUGAUGCAAAGGCAAAGCCUAUGAGAAAGAGACGACGGGUGACGGAUGAGACCAAACUGUUUGACACACCUGAGCCUGUUGUCGAGGGAUCUGGGGGAGCGACUUCUUCUGGCGGUGUGGCCAGCGCUGCUGAUGCUGCAGCGUCAUCGUCUCGUCCUGUGAAUGCAGCUGCCUUUUUUGCAGCUGAGGAUUCUUUGUCAACAGAUUCGUUUGAUAUGGAAAACUUGUUUUCAUCGCCGAAGGCGAAGAAGCAAAAAAACAAGGACAAAAAAAAGAAGAACAAGAAAGCUAAAAAGGAGAAACGUAGCGAUAAAAAAGACAAAAAAAAAGAAAAUGAUGUGUCACAAACCAGUUUCACCAGAGAAGAUUCAGACACAGCGCAAAGGAC